AUACCGCACGCAGAGCGAUGCUCUUCGCGCCUUAUUUUCAGCAUUGGCCAAAACGAGGCCCCUCACUUCUUCAGCACUUCUCACUUUUAGCAAGAGACUUCUACUACUACUACUACUACUGCACUUACUUCUACCGACCACCAUACGGAUAACUAACUAACUGACUGGAGAACAACACCCACUAGCUAGUCUAGCACUAGUGACGAAGUUUGAGAAGGUUUUGUGUGACGAAAUGGAGGACAACAACCAGGACAACCGCGACGAAAAAGCCACAAAGGACAUGUGUGGAGAGGCGCCUUCUCUCGUUAAUGGCUCGUCCAACAAGGAUGAAGAUGAUGACGAUCGCUUCUUUCGCAAUGACGACGACAGCGAUGACAACGACUCUGUCUGUGGUGACACAAACAAAUUCGACUGUAUCUACUCUCAGGAAUGUGAGGAAUUGCUCAAGGGUCAGAAUUUAAUGGCCCGAUUUCAUCGAGCGUUUCACAAGUUGCAUCCCUUUAACUGCAUUGAGGCUGUGGACGUGGAGUACAUGGAGCAUACGCCAGACAAGAGGACGGCUUACAAGGCAAGCAAGGAAUGGAGAGACGUGAACAAUUUGCACAGGCGUUGGAUGAAUACAAGAAGAAAAGGUCUGCCAGAAGAUCUCAAUCUCAUGGAGCUUCCACAAGGGGAGCCUGUAGGUCCAUUGAUCGUCUACAAAAUAUCCACCGUCAAGGGCGCGUGUCCUUCUACCUUUUAUCGCCUCGUCAUGUUUCACCAACUUUUUGCAUCCAUCAAGCGAAGUGACGGCAUUGCGUUUGUAUGGCAAGUGCUACAGAGCUACCGUCAACUCUGUCACGAAUCCAACAUGAUGCAUCAUCCUUGUUUCAUAUUGGCAAUCAUGUUUGGAAACAUGGUCCGCGCGCCCCAUCACCUGUAUCCACUCUUGAGAUUCGACACUAUGCCAGGUCCUGGAUACAUUCAUUUGCUCCGGGGAUUGGCCACCAUUGACUUUCAGCUAGACAGGGCUACCAUACACCAGCACCAGCACACAAAUAACCACCUGGCAAACUUGGUCUUUGACCUUUUUCGGAAACAGGUCCUCAAGGUGUUGAUUGGUAGAACCCAAGACCAACCCAACGAUGAUGACGACACUAAAGAUGGCGACGACUGGAUUCUUCCACUCAAACAUCCAUGCACGCGACAACUUUUGGCGGCAUUGCUCACCAUUCGGAUCCUCCCAUUCAUCCGCUUGCAAGAAAUGGUCCAGAUCCUCGUGGGGAUCUACGCCAUGCAGUACGAACGGGUGGACCUUCCCGAGUCACAAUUCAAGUUUGACAUUUGGAAUCAAGUCGAACAAAUGUACUCCUGCGAGAAACAAUUUGACUGCAAUACUAAUAACAACAACAAAAGCAACCCAUUGUCGUACUACCAGUACCAGCAAGAGUUUGUCCUACCGACGGUGGAACAGGCCAUGUUGGUGCUCCAGAGUCAAAAACAGGGGCGAGUAAAAAUGACACCCAAGGCCAUCCAGUGCUUUCUGAAAGCACUCUCCGAUGCGGACAAACCUAACCGAAAACGAAUUUGGGCGCGGUUACGUGCCAGUUGGAUUAAGCAACGUUACAUUAAAUACGCCAAGAUGGGCCUGCCACCACGACGUCAAGCCAGCAAACAACAACAACAACAAAAAACCGACGGUUCCAUUAUUGGAAAUAAUAAUGAGGCCGUCCAAGGCGACACUACCACCACCAACAACAACCGACAAGCAGAGACAACAGUGGCGGCGGCAGGUGAACCACAGGCACAAGUAGAAGAGACGGAGAAACAAGAAGAGCAAGGAGCGGAAGAAGUGGUAGCGGGUGACAACCCAGACUUGUCAGAGAAACCAGUGGCUGAAGCAGUGAUGGAUGAAGCAAAGAAAGGAAUGGAAGAGGUGGGUGCUAGUGACACUGCAUUGGCCCACGGAGAUGUGAAAGACAACCCAGACUUGACUGAGAAACCAGCAAAAGAAGCGGAAGAAGUGGGCGCCACAGACUUGCCAGAGACACAUGCGGCUGAAGCAGUGCUGGAAGAAGAAACAGAGAAAGGAGUGGAAGAAGUGGGUAUUAGUGACGCUGCAUUGGCCAACGAAGAUUCAAGAGACAACCAAGGCUUGUCAGAGAAACCAGUGACUGAAGCAGUGCUGGAAGAAGAAGCAGAGAAAGGAGCUGAAGAGGUGGGUGCUAGUGACGCUGCAUUGGCCCACGGAGAUGUACAAGAGAACCCGGGCUUGCCAGAGAAACCAGUGGCUGAAGCAGUGAUGGAAGAAGUGGGUGCAAAAGACUUGCCAGAGAAACCAGCGGCUGAAGCAGUGUCGGAAGAAGCAAAGAAAGGAACGGAAGAGGUGGGUACUAGUGAUGCUGAAUUGGUCGAGAAAGAUGCAAAAGACAACCCAGACUUGACAGAGACACCAGCAGCCGAAGCAGUGUCUGAAGAAGCAAGAGAAGAUGCAGCAGACGACCCAGGCUUCGCACAAGAAGCAGUGACUGACGGAGUUGGAAGUAAGGAAACUAGAGAAGAGGAACAAGUCAGAAGUGUUGGCAGCCCUGAAAGCCUCGCUUAUAGCAUUGCGACCCAGCCUCCGUAUGACCGAAACGAUAUAAACGCCAGCAUCGACAUUGUAGGCUGCCAUGGAGACCUCAGCGGGGCGAACUUUGUUCACUCUGACACCCAACCAGGCUCAGUCAGCACCAACAGUCCCCACAAUGGUAACAAUAAGAUUGUCAUGAAUGCAGACUCCAUCAGCAGGGAAAAAGGUCGCACUAAGCAACAAUGUGAUUUGCCAGUUACCACUGGUCUUCCUGGUGAUGACAGGAGCAGUUGUGGAGGCGCCAACACCAAGGCUGGCAGUCAAAUUGACCACCGAACCGCCAGAAAAGUCACCCCCAUCGUGCACGAUGCACGAGGCCAGCACCGCACCAACAUCACUAGCAACAGCACUAGCAACAGUUCUCUGCACACUGGUAGAAGUGCAUGCGGUAACUCCCAAUCCGAUCACCACAUUCGCAACCCUGCAACGUUGACCAGGAGUCCCCUUGUCGCAGACAGCAGAAGUUGCGAGCUCUCCCAAACCACAAUCCCAACUCUGCAAAACACACCCAAGCAUCUGGCAACCGACGACGACAACACUGGUACCAACAAUUCUGAUACCAACGACGGACGCAACUCUAGGAGCAAGGAUGACAACGGGAGCACAGCAUCCCUCACAGCUAGUGCUCUUCACAUCGACAGGACAAGCGUUGGAGAAUCCUCAAUCCCCAUUCUGCAAAACACCAACAGCGGCAGCUGUGAGAAUUCCAACAUCAAAGACAACCACACGCCUAAAUCUACUACCACACGCCCUCGGAAAGUUGAGAGAAGCAGCCUGGACGAUGAAAGAAGCCCCAACACCUGCCAUGUGCAGAAGAACAUCACCUUGAAGCCUGAAGCUACUGACAACAGCAGCGCCGGGGACUGCAAGGCAAAUGUCAACGCCGACAAUCACCUUGCCACAUCCAGGUCUCCGAGCAGUGAUACAUGCAGCCAGGAUCCUGACAAAAGAAGCCAUUUUGCUGCCAGCAUCAAAGACAGGACCAAGGACACUACCAACACAAAGGCCCAGGCCAUUGACGGAAAAACCAACACCGACAGCCAAAACCAUCCCACCACUACUACCCUCAGCAACAGCAACCACCAAAAAGAACCCAUCCCUAUCGACAACCACAUGGGCUCCAUCACUGAUAGCAAUGACAACCCCAAAGACAAAGAGUUCAGCACAACUGACAACCUGAAGACUUCCACCGCCAGAAAAAGUAUCCCGGUCAGGAGCAGUGGAAAAUCCAACAUGAAGGACUGCACAGCACCCCAACAUAACAAUCUCGAUGGUUCCUUCCCUGUUUACAGGGAUCAUCCCAAAGACAAGAAUGACCCCAGCCAAUCUCGUGAGGGUUCCAUCAACACUAGUUUCUCCCCUGGCAGUAGCUGCAUCGGAGAAUCCAACAAGGACCAUGGGCCAACCGGCAAGCUGGAUGUCACGACUACCAGCAGCACUGAUGCUACCAGCAGUGCUGAGAAGCAACCUGCAAUCAUGGAUGGCAGUCAAGAUGGCAAUCCCAAUGAAGCAGCCUCCGGCAGUCCCAACCAACAAGAAAGCAAAGUUGGCAGACGAACUUUUGAGGAUUCCACCAGAGCCAUCAACGAAGAAUCCAACAAAGAUAAAAGCUCAGCUGGCAAGGUCAAUGCGAAGACUAACAGCAGCAUCGGCAGUCCUGCCCACAUCGAUCAUUCUACUGCCGACAAUGAUCAGCAACAGGAAUCGCCUUGUGUGGAGACUUCCAAGAAGUUGGGGGAGAGGAAAAGAACAAAGUUGGGGAAGAGGAAAAGAACGAUGGAGGAGGAAGAAGAAUGCUCGAAGCAAAGAGAGGAGGAGCAGAAAGCGGCAAGGCGAGCGGCGAAAAGGGCAAGAAAAGAGGCAAAAUCGGCAAGGAAAGCAGCAAAGAAAGAGGCAAAGCAAAUAGAGUGGAAGCAGGUUGAAAAGCAACGGGAGAUGAUACCUAGCCAGCUGCUGGAGCAGAAUCGAUCCUCCAAUGUUGCGCAAGCUGAUGAAACAUUAGCUGACAAGCAUGUCUACAAGCCCAACAAUGAGGUAGCAGAGACAACCAAAGCGACAAAGGUGGAAGCCCAAAAAUCCGGAACAAGCAACCAUCCGUCGGACGGUGGAAAGAAAAGACGGCAGAGAGACCUGUCUGAAAGUUCCAAGGAAGAGGCCAACAGAGAAACCAAGGUGGAAAAGGCAAAGAAGCAGAAAAAGAAGAAACAACCCCGUCAGUCAGAACCGAUACCGAAUAAGUCAAAGAACUGGGUGUCCCGGCGCCGGUGGUGAUUGGUGAUCCAGGUUGAAAAACUUCGGCCAAACCACAUGUCGCCCUAUCCUGGAACAUGCAUGCAGCCCACAAAACAUGGUGUGUAUGUAUGCAUACCUGUGCCUACCAACGGUUUCAGUUUCUGCAACUACCGUAUCUGAUCUAGCUAGUUACGGUAGCAGUUUAUUUUAAAAGUGCUACAAACCUCUUUCAUGCACAAUUGAAUUGUUUGCUGUGGA